GGGCUGGCCUUCCGGGAAAAGGGCUCACAGGAGAGAAGGUCACGAGUAGGGCCUCUUGUUCCUUGCUGCUCAAGAAAUGUCUUCACUUUCAGAAUAUGCCUUGCGCAUGAGUCGUCUGAGUGCCCGGCUGUUUGGUGAGGUUGCCAGGCCUACUGAUUCCAAAUCCAUGAAAGUGGUGAAGCUGUUCAGUGAGCAGCCUUUGGCCAAGAGAAAGGAGACUUAUGACUGGUAUCCAAAUCACAACACUUACUUUGCACUCAUGGGGAUACUACGUUUUCUUGGCCUCUACAGAGACGAACAUCAGGACUUCAAGGAUGAGCAGCUGCGUCUAAAGAAGCUUCGUGGAAAGGAGAAGCCAAGGAAAGGAGAAGGGAAAAGAGCAGCGAAAAAGAAAUAGUGCUGGUCCGUCAGGGGAGGACUUCUCUCUCAGCGGCUGAAAGCAGGAGGAAGUAUAUUUACGGUCCAUCCACAUCCUGGAGGAGUGUCAGCUUCCCAGGUUGAAGACUGUUUGGAGGAAUACCAUCACGUCCGUGUUGAAAUCUAACCCAGUUGAAUUGUGACUGGUUUCAUUCUAAUUAUGCAAAAUUAUCUGCCUUGGUUCUGUAAUCUGAGGUUUACCUUAUUCCCCAAAGAAAUGGAACGCAUGA